AUGGAUGAUGAUGAUGCUUUGGAUGAUGAUGAUGAUGAUGAUGAUGAUGAUGAUGCUUUGGAUGAUGAUGAUGAUUUGGAUGACGAUGAUGAUGAUGAUGAUGAUGAUGAUGAUGAUGCUUUGGAUGAUGAUGAUGAUGAUGAUGCUUUGGAUGAUGAUGAUGAUGAUGAUGAUGAUGCUUUGGAUGAUGAUGAUGCUUUGGAUGUUGAUGAUGAUGAUGAUGAUGAUGAUGCUUUGGAUGAUGAUGAUGCUUUGGAUGAUGAUGAUGAUGAUGAUGAUGAUGAUGAUGAUGAUGCUUUGGAUGAUGAUGAUGAUGAUGCUUUGGAUGAUGAUGAUGAUGAUGAUGAUGAUGAUGCUUUGGAUGAUGAUGAUGAUGAUGAUGAUGAUGAUGAUGAUGAUGAUGAUGAUGAUGAUGAUGAUGAUGAUGAUGAUGAUGAUGAUGAUGAUGAUGCUUUGGAUGAUGAUGAUGAUGCUUUGGAUGAUGAUGAUGAUCAAACCAUCACUAGGUCAAAUAACUCACUUUCAACAAAAUCAUCCUCUCAAACUACAAAUCUUUUCCAUGCUCUGAGUUUUGUAAUGAAGAUAACUGAAUCAUUUAUAAAGUACAGAAUUCAGCUGUUUUCUGAAAAACCCCUAAAGCAACAGAUAACAUGA